AUGUCAGCCAGAAAGGGCUAUCUUCUGCCUUCGCCAAAAUACACCACAAUAAUGUCAUGUUCGGACAGCCCGGCAGGAAAUGCGUUUUUAGUGGAUUCUCUGAUCAGUGGCCGCACGGAGAGCAGCGGAGGUCACUACACAGGGAGCGCGGUGUGCGUGCCUCAUAGCACUGCCACAGAAGUGCCUUACGGACUACACAACUAUGGAUACUUCCCAGGUAUGGGUAAGCGGAGCGAGCUGGGCGCCCAGAAUAUGGUUUCAGCCUCAGGUGCGUACAUGUCCAGCAUGGAGAUGUGGAUGGACGCGCAGAGGUCAUGUCGAAUGGAUCAAGAGCACCCGGUAGGUCCCCAGGUCGCGCCCUGCUCGUUCCCGCAGAACAUUAAGGAAGAGAGCACCUACUGCCUGUACGAGCAGCCGAAGUGCCCUAAAGCCUCAACCGCCGAAGAUCUGACAUAUUCGAGAUUGACUUCAGCCGGACUCGGCUCGAGUUCUUGCACAGUUACUGAUGGCGGCGGCGGGGGCUCAGUGCCUGUGCCGGGCUACUUCCGCUUGUCUCAGACGCACGCACAUUCUCAUAAACUUUACAACACCAACGGCCCCCAACCGAACCCUUCCCAUUCCCAUUUUGGCUUACACCCCACUGCUACUGCUCGUUUCCACACGCCACCAACCUCGACUGCUGCUCCAGCCACGGCGCUGGAAGAACGGAGAACCGAGGAGCCCGUGUCCUCGGCGAAAGCAGACGUGCAGCCCCACGCUGCACCGGGGGCCGAGGAGACAAGAGAGUCCUCGGAUGCAGAGGCGUCCUCAGCAGACGAGGCGGAGGUGAAUGACAAAGAGAGACCAGCAAAGACCACUAAAGGAGACAAAAAAAGUGAAAACGUGGCCAACUGGCUGACGGCGAAGAGUGGCCGGAAGAAACGCUGCCCAUACACCAAGCACCAGACACUGGAGCUGGAGAAAGAGUUCCUCUUCAACAUGUACCUGACCCGAGAGCGCCGCCUAGAGAUCAGUAAAGGCGUCCACCUGACGGACAGACAGGUUAAAAUCUGGUUCCAGAACCGCAGGAUGAAACUGAAGAAAAUGACGCGGGAGAACCGUAUCCGGGAGCUCACCUCCAACUACGGAUUUUCGUGA